UCAGUGCAAUCAGAGAUGAGAAUCACAACUAUUAAGCAAGAGCCAUACACGAUGUCUAAAGGAGCUCAGCUCGAGGGUUUUUGCAUGGACCUGCUCUCUGAUGUGGCCAAGAGAGUGGGCUUCAAGUACAAAGUACAGCUGGUGAAGGAUGGUUCAUAUGGGAGGCAGGAUGAGAACGGGAACUGGAAUGGGAUGGUUGGAGAGGUGGUGCGAGGGGAGGCAGACCUUGCAAUUGCCCCGCUGACUCUCACCGCAGCCCGGGAGAAAGCUGUGGACAUGACCAAACCCUUCAUGCAGACAGGAAUCAGCAUCCUGCUGAGGAAGGACAUCUCUGAGGGAACAGACUUCUUUGAUUUCCUGAGCCCAUUCACGGCAGAAACCUGGGUCGGCAUACUCAUUGCCUACCUGGGGACUGCAGCCUCCAUCUUCAUUGUUACCAGAAUCAGCCCGUGUGAGUGGACUGAGCCUCAGAGUGAGCAGAACAGGUUCAGUUUCCUCCACAGCCUGUGGUACGCAGCUGGAGCCCUGACUCUACAAGGAGCUGGUCCUCAUCCCAAAGCCGUGUCUGGGCGUGUCAUCUGUAGCACCUGGUGGUUGUUUUCUGUUGCCCUCCUGGCUUGUUACUUCUCUAACCUCACUUCAUCUAAGACCCCAGAGUCCAGUCACCUGACAGUGAAAGGAUUUGAAGACUUGGCCAAUCAGGACAUGAUUGAGUAUGGCUGCUUGGCCGGCUCUUCCACGCUUGCUUUCUUCAAGAAUUCAAACAACCCAGUGUACCGCAGAAUCUAUGAACACAUGGAAAGGACGAAGAGUUUUGUGUCAACUAUGGAGGAGGGUGUCCGACGUGCAAAAGAAGGGAACUAUGCAUUCAUUGGAGAGUCCGUUUCUUUGGAUUUGGCCGUAGCACGUCAUUGUGAGCUGGUCAGAGCCCAUGAAGUCAUUGGCAUGAGGGGAUACAGCAUUGCUGCUGGGCUCGGGUCCCCAAUCAUCAAGAAUCUCAGUGUGGCAAUCCUUCAGCUGAGUGAGGCUGGGGAGCUAGCUUACCUGAGAAGCAAAUGGUGGGCAAGCAGCUGCAUAGCAGACAAAGGAAAGUCCUCCGUUGUGCAGCUGCACAGCCUCAAGGGGAUGUUCCUGGUUCUCUCUCUGGGCCUCGGGCUUGGGAUACUUCUAGCUGUGCUGGAGCUCACCCUCAAGAGUCGUAGGAGUGCAGCGGAGCAAAGGAAAACAUAUUGCUCUGUGCUGACCGAGGAGCUGAGCCUGCGCUUAAGGAACAACAAUGCAAACAAACCCCAGGAAAAUGUAGACAAAGAAAAAGCAUAG